AUGCCAAAUAAGAAACAUGUAGUAGAAGAAGAAGAUGAUGAUGAACAAUGGAAUCAUAAAAGUUUAGAUGUAUUAAAUAUGAAAAAGAAUCUUUUUAUUAAUAUUUGUCAAUCAUUAUCAAUUAUUUUAAUGUUAAUUAUUAUUAUAAUUAUUCCAAUUUCACAAGUAUUUGUCGGCUGGCAUUAUUCCGAUGCAUGUCCAAUCAAUCAAUCAAUUCCAUAUUAUUUAAUUGUAGCAGGUAUUGUUGGUCUUCUUCUCAUUAUAUUAAUAUUUGUAUGUCAAUUAAUGAUUCGAACAUUUUCAAGAAAAAUGUUUGAUAAUGUUAUUGAUAGAGCAAAUUCAAAUCGAACAACAACGCUUGUUGGUUGUGGAGUUUGUAGUAUAAUGUGUAUUAAUUUAUCACUCUUUAUAUUUUUACUUGGUUGGUCUAUAGCCGGAUGGGUAUGGGUACUCGGAGUAUGGAACAAAGUGCAAUAUUAUCAUGCGAACAAUAAUGAUUAUUGUCAUCCAAUUGUUUAUAAAUAUACUUUUUCACUUCUUUUAUUAACAAUAUCUUUUCAAAUAAUUUUAUUUUGUUUUGUUUGUAGAAAAACAUGUGUUAGAAUAAUGACUCUAAGAAAAAAAGAAACAAUAACAACAGAUGAAUCUUAA